AUGAGAGACUUAGUCGUUUUGGGCGGAAAAUCGCACCCUCUUUUAACCAAGGCGAUCUGCCGCAAUCUCACUAUAGAAGAGAGUCGAGUUGAUUCCAAGAAAUUCGCUAACGGUGAAACUUCGAUCGAAGUAAGAGAUAGUGUUCGAGAAAAGGAUGUCUUCAUCAUUCAGAGUGGUUGCGGACAUGUGAACGAUACGUUUAUGGAAUUACUAGUAAUGAUAGCGGCGUGUAAGACUGCUAGUGCUAAGAGAGUAACAGCAGUUUUACCUUUGUUUCCUUACUCAAGACAACCCGAUGUUCCAGCUUUGGCAAACUCCACAGGAGCACCAAGUUUAAUUUCAAAAAAGGACGAGUAUACUUUUGAAAGUGCACCAAGCACUCCUAGACCGUUGUCUAGAGAUGGCAGGAAGAUCUCUUAUUUUGAGAAAGAAGGAGCAGCUACAACAACAACAACAGCAGCAGCAGCAGCAGCAGCAUCAGGAGGAGGUGCAGUAGGUCAAACACCAACUAAAGAAAAAGAUUUGAGAACGAAUUCAUUGAAAGCGCCUCAACCUGCUCGAUAUACUCCAAAGUCGAUUGUCACUAAUGCAUCAUCUAUUAACUUUUUACCCCGAGUGGAUGCCCAAGGUAAAACAGAAAGUGGUUAUAAACAAUGGAUUUCACCAAAUGGUACACUAAUAGCCAAUCUAUUAAUGACCGCUGGUGCUGACCGUAUCAUUACAAUGGAUCUCCAUGAUCCACAAUUUCAAGGGUUUUUCAAUAUUCCCGUGGACAAUUUGUAUUCAAGACCUAUCUUGAAACAUUACAUUACGGAUUAUAUACCGCAAUUCCGUGAUUGUGUUAUUGUGAGUCCAGAUUCAGGUGGAGCAAAGCGUGCCACGGCGAUUGCGGAUUCUAUUGGCUGUUCAUUUGCCUUGAUUCACAAGGAAAGAAGAGCCAAAAUAUCAAAAUCGCCACCUCUGGCUCUGUCAAAUCAAAACACAGAGGAUAUUAUUACAACUGCAGGUACAAGUACAGACACAAGUACUUGCAACGCAACUUUGCCCUCAACCACACAACCAUUGCCCGAGUAUGUACACCAACGUCAUCAGCAUGCACCAAAGAUGGUGGCAACCACCAUGUUGGUGGGUGAUGUGAAGGAUAAGGUUUGUGUAUUGAUUGAUGAUUUGGUAGACACAUCUUACACAAUUACUCGAGCGGCCAAAUUGUUGAAGGACGAAGGUGCCAAAUACGUCUAUGCAUUAGUCACCCACGGUAUAUUUAGCGGAGACGCCAUCAAUAGAUUGAAAAUGAGCCAGAUUGACAAAAUCGUCACUACAAAUUCGGUCCCUCAAAGUGAGAAUGUCGCUGUCUUGGGCGAGAAAAUUGAAGUUUUGGACGUGAGCCGAAUCUUUGCCGAAGCCAUUAGGAGAAUUAACAAUGGAGAAAGCGUCAGUAUGUUGUUUGAUCACGGAUGGUGA